AUGCCUGCUCAAUUAGUCAUCUUCGACUUUGACGGGACUCUUUUCGAUACCCAUCAGGCCAUCUCUCACAGCAUCAAGCUCACCUUCGACUUACUCCUCCCAGCCUCAGCCCCAGCAGAGUCCGAGGUGCAGAAGUUGAUCGGUUCUGGCUUGGGGCUCAGGGAAGUCCUCCAAGCGCUACACACAUCUCCCGAUUCUUUCGAUGAGGGUGAAUGGACGUCAACGUACCGUCGCUUCUACAACGAUGAGGGACAGAAACUUGUAUCAGCAUUUCCUGGCGCCAAGGCACUUCUGAACAGGUUGCAUGAAAGAAAAGUUCCAGUCGCUAUUGUCAGUAACAAAGGUGUAGCCGCAGUCGAGACCGCCCUCGAGAACAACGGCAUUGAUACCAUUCCCGGAGACUUAAUUUGUCCGGAGCUAGGGUUUAAUGGCUGGAAGAGCCCAGCACCUCUGCUGGGUCCGGUGCGCUCUCGACGUCCCUUGAAAAUCCACGGGAAGGAAUAA